GGAAGGUUAACAAUUCCCGUGUGGCAGCGCGCGGCUCCUGCGCAGUCACUCUCCUGCCGGCGGUAACCAGGGUGACGGAGGGGCCGCGCGGCUCUCUUAAGUUUGCAGCGGUUUGAGGGAAACAUGGAGGCGGCCCGGAGGCGCCAGGCUCUGUACAAGAGCAGCCCGCCACCCUGGAAAGAGACGUACAGGAAGCGAUGUAUGGAAAGGCUAAAGAACAACCGAGCAAAGUUUUUGGAGCAAUACCGACAUGUGGAAGUGGACUCAGUCCGUAGCCUCAACGGACCACUUCUUGUACAAGAGGUGAUGGAAGAAGAAUGGAGAGCUUUGACAUCCCAGGACCGAGCUCUCCCGUCAUUUGCUGAGGUGCUGGAUAUGCUGGAAGAUGAAAGUGACCUGACAAUACUGGAAGAGAUUCAACAGGAGCUCAUCGCAGAAGAACAAGCCACCCGAGAGGAGUACGAGGCCAGCCUGCGUUUUGAUGAAGCCUGUUUGAAUGCAGUUAUUGAAGACUUUCAGGUCAAUGACAGGCUUAUAUGCCCUGUGUGUAACGGGAACUAUAUGCACGUGACCAACGAGUGUGUGUCUUGCACGUGUGGAAUGUAUAUUGAUACCUGGAACAUGACGACACAACAGCUUCGAGCAGUGCUGGAGCGCGGAGUGACGGAGCACAGCAAUCGGUGCAUGUGUCAGCCGAGCUUCUCAGUAGCAGACAGCACAGAUACCAAACCUGUGCUGCUCAUGAGCUGUCAGGCUUGUGAUUUCCUGUCCAUCCUCCUGUAACUGCCUGUCAUCGCCCCGAGCUGGAACGAGAGUAACCGCCAAAUAGGGAGGACCCACCCACUCCUGGAUUGUACUUCAAUUCCCAGUGCAAUUGUGUUUUUGUUUAUUUUAUAUUAUAUAUUAAAAUUAUUUUUUGUGUGUGUAGACUUGGAAUCGAGUUUCUAAUUGGGAUACUAUUGGAAAGCACAGCCGGAUUGAUUAUUUCGAGUAAAUAAAAUGGAUUAUAAUUUAAAGGCCUUUCAGAUUGCAAUGAACAAAAUUGGAUAAAUAAUCUGCUGGGAGCUGUGCGUCUGACCUUGUGUUGAAAAGCCGUGGCUCAGGUUAUGCUGCUCACUCAAUAA